AUGACGACAUACGCAUACAUCCCUGCCAUAGCGGUCAACGAUACCUCCGGUCUCAACCUCACGGAUUCAAGUACUAUCAGUAUUUCUUGGACUGACCCCGACGGGGUGUUCUCAGGCGGGGUUUCAUAUCAACUUGAAGCUGACGUUCGAACGGGAGGAACGACUAGUGGAGCUCUUGUUCAUUUCACAGAAGCCUCCAUGGGACAAAACCUCACUACUAGCACACCUUGGAUAGCAUACAUCAGUUGUGAUGCCAACGAGACCAUGGCGAGUGAAGAAUGGGACAUCUUCACAUUGGCCAGAGAUCGAGGUGCCGUGUCGGCAUUGUUGUAUUCAGCAACAUCUCAAUCGUGUCUACUCAAUCCUGAAUACAUUACCGAUUUUGAAAAACCACUAGAUGUGUUUGCGACCAAAACGGUUGACGUAGCUACACUCAUCGACUCUCAAUUCAACCAUACAAACGCAACCUUCCUCACCUACAACGGCACUCUUCUCAACAUCUCCGGAACGACGGUUAAUCAAUCUCUCAUCGGUAAUGCACCCAAGACCAAAUCUUUCCUCAUCGGCACUCUGGCCGCUCACAACUCGUCUGGCCAAGCCACUCAAACCUCCGUACCAAAUUCUUCCUCUCCGUCUUCCCCCUCCAAAAGCAAGACCACAUCAGCAGCAAUGAUCGUACUAUACGUCAUAACAGGUACUAUUACCCUUCUUUUCGUCAGUAUGCUCAUUUUGGGUGCUCGAAGAGCUCGACUUCAUCCUGAACGAUACGGUCGUCGAGAUGGUGAUGCAUCACAAAGUGGCCAAACCACAGCGGGAGGGAUAGCACAAGCAAUCCUUGAUACGUUCCCGAUCAUCAAAUUCAAUCAAUCAGGAUCAGGAUCAUUAAAAGGUUCACAAACUCGUCCCUCACAAGGGUUCACUCACAGACCACGUCCCUCAGGUGAUAUGGAGAGAGGUACUUCAAUCGCCUUACGAAGUUUGUAUACCGACGAAACGGGGUCUUUCCAUUCCGCUUUAGAUCACAUGGAUGAAAGAGGAGGUUAUGAUCGUGCUUCUGGGUCAGGCAUAGCAUCAGGAUCAGGUUCGAGAAGAUUGUCCGUGGUUUCGCCUACAACAUCUAGACCCGUUUCGAGUGGUGAUAUGCCACUUUCAGCACGGGGGAUGGAUGAAGGUGCGCAAGAUCAAUGUCCUAUUUGCUUAUUGGAUUUUGAGGAGGGAGACGAUUUAAGGGUUUUGCCUUGCGAGAGGGAACAUGUUUAUCACCAAGCUUGCAUAGAUCCUUGGCUACUUCAAGUGUCUUCUAGUUGUCCAUUAUGCCGUAAAGAUUUUAACCCCCACGCCCCUCCUCCCCCACCACCCCUCUCACCUUCCGAAUCACCUCCCAUCUCACCCACUCAAGUCGCUCCCACCCCUUCCGGAUUCGUAAAAUACCUCCAUUUCAUGCGUCGUGAAGGUCGCAGUCGUCGGCGGACACGUGCGAACACUCAUACCAGCGGUCGAAGUGGUGCUGAGAGCACCAGUGGUUUAGUGGGAAGUGGGAGACAGCGAGAAGCCGAUCAGACCGGGCCCGGAGGCUAUUGA